UGCUCGUUUGAGAGUAUCGAAAGAUUUCCCGCGUUUAAAAUGGUAUUGCUUACGUCUUGAACUGUUUAUUUUAACUUCACAUUUAAGGCUUUUUAUCACGGCGAAUAUAAGUAAAUUGAACUUAGUUAUUACGAGUUUUGUUUGUUCUUUAAAGAAGGGUAAUUCUGUUUGUAAUUUUCAUAGCACCUUGCACUUUCAAUUUCAUUGUCGUUUUUUUCAAAAUCCAGAUUAACAAAGGCCUUUACUAAAGAGACCGGUUUUAUUGCGAACUGAAACUUGCAUCAUGUGGAACACAAAUAUGGAUCAACAUGGUUUUGAUCAAACAGGAGGGGGUUUUCUGAACUCUUCGGGGAAUUUUGGAUCACCUGCUGUUGGUUCUCCUAAUGAAAAGAGAAAGGGUGAACGGCUACACAAUGUAGUUCCAGUGACAGUAGCACAAGUUUUACAAGCAUCAGAUAAAGAAGAACACCUUAAAGUUGGAAGUAUGGAAUGCCAUAUUUUGACUCUUGUGGGGCUGGUUCGCUCUGUUGAUGAACAAACUACUCGAAUAACAUACCAACUGGAUGAUUUCACUGGCCCCCCACUUGAGGUGCAGAUGUGGUUUGGUGAAAAUGAAGAAUUCAGUGACAAGAGAUCUUCUAUCAUGGAAAACACAUAUCUUCGUGUGUAUGGUGGACUCCGGACUUUCAAAGGGAAAAGAUUGCUUAAUGCCUUCAAAGUUACUCCAGUAACCAAUCUUAAUGAAGUUACAAUGCACAUUCUAGAAGUUGUUCACACUUCAAUGGCAAUUGCUGUUAUGGACAGUCAGAAUGCCCAAGCAAUGUCAACUACAGGGUUUAUUGCUGAGCCACCAGGCAACACACAGAUGGGCAUGAACAUAAGUGGAGGAGCAAUGCUUGCAGAUGUUGGAAGCAUGUUUGGAUUGGAUAGAAACCAGCAACUGGUUUUUAGAGCUAUCAGUGCAGCUACUAGUGAGGAGGGUAUUAGUUUUCAGCAUCUCUGUGAGAGCUUGAAAUCAUUGACUCCAUCUGUGAUUCGAAAGGUUGUUGAGUUCUUGAGCAACGAGGGACAUAUUUACACAACAACUGAUGACGAUCACUAUAAAGCAACAGACAGCGGAUAAGAACAACAGCAACAGAAAGAAUAUUGUGCUUUAUUUGUUUAAAAUGAUUUUUGCAAACUUUUAUGUACAAUUUUAGAUUUCAAAUACUUUUUUUUUCAACUGCAUAUUAAGUAGAAUUUGAUCUGUGAAAUCAACUGCAUAUUAAGUAGAAUUUGAUCUGUGAAAAAUUUAUAUUUUCUUUGAAACUGUGAAAAGAAGUUAUAAAUUAGAACAGCAACAAGUUAGUACUUUAUGUUCAACUAAGUCUUAAGGAUGGAAACUUCAUUACAAUGUCAGUCUAAAGCUGUUUAGUUUAAUCUGUUAAAUAAAUAUCUUUCAAAGACA